AUGUUCAAGUCCAACAAGCAGCCAGCGCUGCCUCUCACGACAGACUGGACGAAGAACCUCCGCGAGACCUCCUUCUACCGUUAUGGCCAUCUCCGCUCUCUCGGGGUGACUGGCGAAAUCACCGCCCUCGCCGUCGAUCCCGUCCUGUCCUUACUCGGAGUCGGUACCUCCUCGGGUGUCGUCCACGUCUUUGGUCAGACCGCCUUCCAAUUCUCCUUACCCAUCAGCAGUCCAUCCUCCUCGAAAGCCGGCGCAGGGAUCAAGUUCCUCACCUUCCACCCCGGCCACCACCGGAUCGUCGCGGUCGAUACGGGCAAUACCCUCUACUCUUACUCCAUGCAAGAGAUCUCGGAACACGCCAAUCCGUCCACACAUCCCCCAUUACCUACUCGCGAAGCACACUAUACCCUAUGGGGCACGGUCACGGCGGUGGAUCAGCCGCUACCGAGCCAUACCCACCUGUUCGUCACGUUGAAGGAUGGGCAGAUGCUCGCUUGGGAUCUGAGCAGAGGGGCGCUGGGGAGCUGUAAAGUGCAGAACUGCUGGGGAGAGUAUGAGGCCAAGAUGGUCCGGAGCGGGAUGCCAGGCAGGCGGAAGACAGCUGGAGGACCCAUGGCUACUUGUCUCGCCCUCAACCCACGCGAUCUCAACAUUAUGCUCAUCGGCUAUGAAGGCGGAGUAGUAGCAUGGGACUUCCAGAAAGGUGUAGCGGUAAAGAACUUUGAAAUGUUCUUACCGCCUGGAGCACCAGGAGGAGGAUCAUACCAGAACAACGACGCCAUCUGGACUGAGCGCACCCCAUCUGUCACCUCACUCACCUGGCGCCCAGACGGUCAAGUCUUUGCGGUCGGUCACUCGGACGGCUGUAUCGCGUUCUGGGCGUACUCGGAGCCGGACAAGCCGUUGAUGGUACGGACGAUCACCCACGAGGACGUCAACGUCGCGGAUGCCGAGUCGCUUUACGAUGCUGGCGCACUGGACAACCAGCGCAAAGGGAAGGGCAAGGACCAGCUGGACAAGGACGGCGUACCUAUCCCCUCGGCGAUCAUGGCGAAUCGGGAGCCCAUCUUCAAGCUCGCCUGGGCCAGCUUCCCGGACGCCGCAGCCAUGAAGCUCCUAGCUGCCGCCACAACGGAGGCGGUCGAGCCGGUCACCAACGCGUCCAUGGACUUUGCGGAACGUGGCGAGACCCUCCUCGUCAUUCUCGGCGGACAGUCACCUGGCGAGCGGCCCGGUAUCAACCUCCUCCAGUUCCCCGCAUACAUCCCUCCCGUCGCUCCAGCCAAAAAGACCACAGCGUCGUCCGAGAGCAUGCCUUUGCAGCAACGGUACGCGUAUCGGGACUCGCUCAUGCCCACCGGGGCGUCCAACUACCCUACCAAGUCCCCUCCAGAAGACUUUGUUCUCCUCCCCCGGUCCAACCCAUAUUUCGGUAUGGCGCACGACGCCAUCGCGCUCAUUGUCUCGCUCACCCCGGACAAGCGGCUCGCGCCUAUCGACAUGCCCCACGCCUCGCGCGCCAUGGAGGCGUUUGUCUUUCCCCCUCAGCGGUCGACCGAGAUACCGCCGGCGCUCGGCCGAAAGACAUUCGUCCAACCCGGCGAGGGGGAGAAUAUCGUCGCCAUGUCCCCUGCGCCCAUGAUGUCUCCCAAUCCCACUACGCCGACGAGUGGUGGGUGGCGUCUACCCUGGACUAACUCCUCGCCCCUCCCCUCCCCUCGCCUGCGCGUCGCUACCCCCAACUCCAUCAUGUCCGCCUCGGGCCACCACCGCCCCCGCGCUCGGCGUCACUACCGCAUCCCCUCAUCCAUCUGGACCGGACACCUCUCGGUACUGGGCUGCGAGCUCGUCCCUCUCCCCACGCCCUCAUUCAAGCGCCUCAUCUCCUGGUCUAUCGAGACGGCUUCGUCCGAGACCAUGCCCCGACUACCCCUGCACGGCGGUCUCGCCGUUCCCGAUCUUCAAUCCGCCGGCGCCCCAGACGUCAAGGUCGCCAAGCUCGAGUCGUACCGCGUCCUCAUCACGUUCCACCCUGACGCGACCGUGCGCUUCUGGGAUACCUCUCCCCAGCUGCUCGUACUCCCCACUCCACUGCGAUUCGAGUACCCAGGACCCCUCCCCCACCUGACCAUCUCGAUCGGCGAGUACCUGAAAUCGCCAGACGUCGCCCAUCUCCCCCUCGCCAGGCUAUGGGAGACGGACCGCCCCAGAGUCCGGAUCAAGUCGGUCCAUCUCGCACGCGAGGCGCUCGAGUGCGUCAUUACGAUGAUGACUGGCGAGGUCAUCGUCACCAAGUUUGCCGAAGCCAAGGGAGGGCGGGCGGACGACGAGGUGGAAGAGCUGGACGAUGGGGACGAGUCGCUCAAGAGUCCCAAUGGGGGUUACUUCCCGCCUACCCCGACCACUCCGGCCGCGGGAGGGAACGACGGGUGGGUCGAGGAGGUGACCGAGAUCCAGCAUUUGGCGAGGUAUUCUGUAGAUGGGUUCAAGCCGGUCGCUAUCUUUACGUUGAAGCAGGGCGAGCCGCUGGCUUGUGCUGUCUCGGAUAUCGGCUUCAUCUCGGUCGCUUUUGCGUCCAAGUCUAUCGCUGUUUUGGACAUGCGCGGACCGGAUGUCAUUCUCCGAGAAGGUUUCGAUGGGGACGGACAGGUCAUCAAGAAGAAGAGGCGGAAGAAUCAGAACGUGCAGAAUGUAGUAGGGGAGCAGAGCGUCGUGGGGAGGUUGAAGUGGGUGGUUUCGGGAAUGGGAACCGACUCGACACCCCGACCCCGCCUGAUCGUCUCUUACGCCAAGGGCAUGACCAAGAUCUACACCCUCGUCAAUGUCCUCGGAGAAUGGAUGGUCGAAGCGAAGCCUCCCACCUUUACAAACGAAUCCCUCUCCGGCCCACUCGGAACAUUCGUACUCGACCCUACAACCGGGAACGAGCUUCACCCCACCGCCGACGCGCUCUCCGCGGCGAUGGCGCAUCACGGGACGCCAGAAGGCAAGAAGGACGUCCCGCCUCAUUGUGUCUGGAUCGCCGCGAGCAGGAAGAGCAUCCGGGCGGCGGUUAACUUCAACGGGGAGCGAGUGGCCAAGGUUGAAUUUGAGGAUGAAGAUUUAGGCGAGGCGUUCUACGUUACAAGAUAUGGUCAAAAGAUACUGGUCGGGAUAACGACGACGGGCUCGGUUCUGGCCUACUCGCUGCCUUUCCUUCAGCCCAUCACGAGGAUGGAGCUUUCCUUUGGGACUCAAGGCCGCCGAAUUGGCAAGAUAUCGAUAGACGACCGCUCAGGCGACUUUGUCGAAUACGCUGGACCGCUCGAUAUCAACCUCCGUACCCUUUUCCACUUCCGUAAACCCCUUCCGCCGCGGAUCGACCCGUGUGCCUUCAAGCGGCCAGUCCCGGCUCAGCCUAUACCGCUCACGGCGAGUGGGAUUCCGGGGGCGUGGUUGUGGGGUGGAGCGCCGCUCAGCGGCGCUCAGCUGGACGCUCUUGUGGCUGGACCCAAGCGGCCCCCUCCUCUUCCCCCAGCACCGGUACCCAAGAAGCCGCUCAUUACAUGGGGAGACCCGCCCGCCGAGAAGAAGGUGGAGGUCGUCUCGCCAACGACAGUAGCGCCGAAACGGACGGCCGUGAAGAAGGUGGCUGGACCAUCGAGGGUCGCAGGGGAGAGGGACGACGUGUACUCGGAAAUGCGCAAUGCGACCGAGGAGCGCGGAACAUAUAUGGACCAACUCAACGACAGCCUCAACAAUGCGAGUGUGAGCGCUACCAACUAUCUCCAGCAGGCGCGGAAUCAGGCGAUGAAGGAGGCGGCGAAGAGUACUGUUAAGGGCGUGUUUGGGAAGAUCUUGUAA